AUGAUCAUGCCGCAGGCCGGUAUCAAAGGCCCUAGAGCAUGGCUCGUUGCCAUCACUCUGAUCUGGUUCUGGGCAGCUGUCGUCUACGAAUAUCCGAAUUUGAUCCCCUUCGACGGCGCAGCGCGGAUCCAAACACUGACAUACCCCUCGGGCGAGUCCGCAAGGCCCGCGUCCUCGCCCGACGUCGCCCCGGCCCAUCUCCUUGGGCAAGAGGCCAUCAGUGCAGUAUGCAAUCGAACAGCCUGGAACGACAGCCUGGUUUUCACAUGCAACGAGUCGUACGGUGGUGUUGGGAACAUCCGCAACUCUAUUCUGAACUGCGUUCGCUAUGCUAUCCAAGCCGGGGCGAGCCUUGUCCUCCCGCGGAUUGUGCUCCGGUCCGCUGAAGAUAUUGGUACCAUUGAGACUGGCCAGACGGCAGACUUCUCAUAUAUGUUUGACACGCCUCAUUUCUUGGGGUCCAUGUCGCUUUACUGUCCGCAAUCAAAGGUUUAUAACACGAUCGAGGAUGCCAGGGAUGGUCUGGAAGAAAAGGACGGCUUGAUUCUGAGUCUCAAACCUGAGUCCCUUGUCGAGGGUGGCGUCCCGCGGACUGGCAUUCCAGAUCCCGGUGCCUGGCGUGGACAAUUUUACUCAUGGUUGGACACGCAGAUCGCCACCGCAGGGAAGGGCAUACCAAGCUUCGUCAUCGUGAACCUACAGCGUUCAUACAUGACAUACCCGAUCUACUCAGACGGCGAGGCCUUCGCCCAUACAUUCGCCUCCGUCCUCCAAUUUCGCAACGACACCCGCGCCCUGGCCACCAAAGUGCUCUCCUCCCUGGCAGAGCGGUUCUCGCUCGACGUCGACCUGCAAGACGACAUCCUCCCGAAUGCAUUCUUCGGCGUCCACCUGCGCACCGAGGCCGAUUCCAAGAAGGCGUGGGAGAGCGCGGGCGACUACUGGUUCUACUCGCACUACAGGAACCAGGUCAAGGUCUACCUGGAGCAGGCACCACGAUCGAACCCGGCUGCCAUAUACAUUGCGUCUGGGGACCCUGCUGAGAUAGCCCGCCUCUCUGCCGAUGCAGCCAAGGUGCCCGCGCCGCACAACUACCCGGUCGUGAGCAAGGUGGACCUCCUGAACGGGACUGAUCUGGACGAGCUGCGCGCCCUGACCUUCGACCAGCAGGCGCUCGUCGACUACCUCGUGUUACUGAAGGGGUCCGACUUUGCUGGCGUGGCGCACUCGAGCUUUGCUUGGAGUAUUGCGCUGAAAAGGCACCAGUUUGCAAAGAAAGUUGGGAAUUUCUUGGACGCCCCUGAGAUGCUGGAUGAUGAUCUAAGUAAAGUGUAUGGCACAGUGAAGGAUUUUGAGGAUUAUCCCAAUGUUCUGUGGCCUCGCAGGUAA